AUGCUCGUUUUGCAACGCAGUCUAGAUAACCGCAAUUCUCGCAUGUGCUGCGUCCGUUCCCCUCAACUCACGAGGUUCGCCCGGAGGUCUCUGUUCCCCUCUUCCAUGACCCAAGCUUGCCCGGAGCUUGUUCCGGUGGGGAUCCACAGCUCAGCGACAUGCCGCCAAGUUCAUGCCCUCAGAUAUAGUACCAAGUAUGCAGUUCAUGCCUUGAACUGA